AUGUCGACCUCACUACAGAGCAUUCAGGCCGCCAUCGAGCGCAUCAUCCUCGACCCAAAGUACCAUGACGUCCUCGCCGUGCUCAAGGGCGCCCGCAACGGUGCCGUGUACGGCACCAAGGUGCGCUUUCCGCACGCCUUGGUCAUGAUAUGCCUGUUCCGUUCCGGCACCGUCCGCGAGAAGGCCUGGCUCGUCUUCCGCGCCACGCGCACGCACGCGCGCAACCUGGCCAAGUUCGCGACCAUCUACAAGCUGACGUGCCUGCUCCUGAAGCACUUUGGGCCGACGCCGGGCAAGGAGGGGCCACACGACACCCUGGUGGCGGGGCUGGUGGGCGGGUACAUGGUGUUCGGGCGGCGGUCGCCGCGGUCGGGCAAGAUCUCGAGCGUCAACCAGCAGAUCGUCAUCUACGUGUUCGCGCGCGUGGUGCUGGCGCUGGCGCGCCUGUCGGUCAAGGAGGGCUCGCCCUUCGCGCUGCCCCUCGUCGCGCGCGAGCCCACCGCCUCGGCCGUCAGCUACUACGCGUGGCCCGUCUUCGCCAGCGCCUCCUGGGGCAUGGUCAUGUGGCUGUUCCGCUGGCACCCCGAGGACCUGCAGCCCAGCCUGCGGUCCAGCAUGAGCUACAUCUAUGCGCAGAGUGACCACUGGGAUGGGCUGAGGAAUUUCGUGUGGCACAACAAAUAG